GAGCGCUUCAGUGGUAAACUCUUGUUCGAAUAGAUCGGUUAUUCGUAUGGGAAAGACUUUCUUACCAGCGUAAUUGGUAUAGUUUGAAACACGGACAGUCCGGAAGUUUGUGAUCAUUGGUUGAGGAGAAGCAGAGUACAGAGAGUCUCACCAUGCUACCAUUGUCAGUCUUAUCUACACUAUUGGUGGUUUUAUCGAUCGCUUCACCCCGCGAAGCUUACAGAAUCUUAGCCGUAUUCCCAUUCAACGGACUUAGCCACUAUGCGAUGUUGGGUCGACUCACGGAAGAAUUAGCAGCACGUGGUCAUCGAGUUGACGUUGUGAGCCAUUAUCCGUUGAAGAAGCCGCGUCCGAACUAUAAUGAUAUUAUAAGCUUGGCCGGCACUAUACCAUUCUUGAAAAAUAAUAUGACUUACGAAUUCGGCACUAAAGAGCUGGCAGACGAUAAUUUGAUUCACACCCUCGCAACAACUUUUGGUGGUGACUUGUGCGACUUGAUGGACCUUCCAAAAUUCAGAGAGCUCAUUAAAAACCCACCGCAAGAUCCCCCGUACGAUGCUGUUAUCGUUGAAAUAUUCGGGUCAACUUGCUAUCUAGCCUUGGGACAACAUCUGAAGGUUCCGGUUGUGGCCGUCGUUACAUCCCCAAUAUGGCCUUGGGCGAAUGACAUGGUCGGGAAUCCGGACAACCCAGCUUACAUACCCCAUGUUUUUUCGGGACUCAGUGGCCGGUUGAACUUUUGGCAACGACUUCAGAACACCCUGUCCCUUUGGGGGGUAAAGUUAACCUUCGCUCAUUAUACCGCUGAUCAAAACGACAAGAUCAAGAAAUACUUUGGCCCGCGAGCUCCGAGUCUCGACGAGGUCCAGAGGGACGUGUCCUUGAUUUUGGUAAACUCGCAUCACAGUUUCAACGGAAUCAGGCCAUUCACUCCAGCCGUUGUCGAAGUCGGCGGAAUGCACGUUCGAGAGAACGCAACGCCGCUGCAAAAGGACCUGCAGAAGUGGUUAGAUGAUAGCACAGACGGCUUUGUGUUUAUGUCCUUCGGCUCUAUGCUCAAGCUGGAGAGCUUUCCUAGGGAAAAAUUGCUAGCCAUAUACUCUUCGUUAGCGAAGCUUGCUCCGAUUCGGGUUAUAGUUAAGGUGGCAAACGCGACGGAAUUAGCACCCGGCUUACCGAGCAACGUUUUCACUGUUCCAUGGGUUCCUCAAAUGGCUGUUCUACAACACAAGAAUAUUCGAGCGUUCGUCACCCACGGUGGCCUCAUGGGAACCAUGGAAGCCAUCCAUUGCGGGGUACCCAUGAUUGGGGUAGCUAUGUUCGGCGAUCAGGCUCAGAACAUCGAACUCUGCGUAAAAAAAAAUAUGGCAGUGUCUGUGAGCCGGGAUGAGCUGACCGAAAAGAAUCUUGAUGCCGCUUUCAAUGCUGUACUACGCGAUUCAUCGUACAUGAAAGCAGCGAAGGAAAUGUCUGCCAAAUUUCGAGACCGACCACUGAGUGCUAUUGACACGGCGAUAUUUUGGGUGGAAUACGUAACAAGGAACGGAAGGACGAGUCUCAGGUCACCUGCUGUGGACUUGACAUGGUGGCAAGUCGCGUUGUUGGAUGUUUACGGGGUUCUUCUUCUGGCCGUUAUUCUCGCGUUGUACAUACUCAAAGUUAUUGCGAAGAAGGCAGUGAGAGUGGUUAUCGGAAGUGAUAGGAAAAUGAAGCUAAGGACCAAAAAGAAGGAAUAACGAACGAAUUAUUUUAAUAAGAUAUUGUAAUUACAUUUGAUAAGCGGUUCAUCGUUUCACUGAUUUACUUGGUUAUGUAAGCUAUCGCAGUUCAUCGAAAUUUUUUAAAAUCUUGGCGUAAUGAAUGCGUGAUCGCACAAAGCUCACUUUUUGUGGAAUGAAAAGCAAUUACAAUAAACGCUAAAAAGUAACUAAUAAUUUA